UCGAGUUAAACAGUAUGGAUCCAAUUUCCCCCGACUCAUAUCAUUCAGUCGACGUCCUGAUAUUUUUGUAAGGGGUUAAGAUGAUUUUUUUGACCGUUCGUAGUCAGACAAGAGUGACAACACUGCGUGGUGGACACCGGUGCGAGGAGGCUUCGGGUCGGCAUAACCUAUGCAGAGCAGUCGGCAUGCAACUUUUCCUCACAAGUACCAGUAAAGCUUACGAGUUUUACGUCUGUAAAGACAUACGCUAUUGUUUCUUGAAACGCCCGAUAAGGCUUGAGCCCAAGAAUGGCUUUUUGUCAAAUUAGCCAAAAAAGUGCUAGCAUUAUCAGAAGCUAACAGUGGGGUAGUCAGGCAACAACUUUUAUUCGCUUUCAGUAGACUGAACAAAAACAACUAUGGGCACAGACUUGAUUUAAAUUAACAGCAAAUUAUUUUUAUAGACGAUUUUCAUCCAAGGCCGGGUAUGUUUUUCAGGCGACCAUAACAGACUGGCUAAGGCGUUUGCUGUGAAGUUAGUCUGCCCCUGUCGACCAAAUGAAGGAGUAUAAAGUUGUGGUUCUAGGAAGCGGCGGAGUGGGAAAGUCCGCUCUGACUGUUCAGUUUGUCACUGGAACAUUCAUUGAAAAAUAUGACCCUACCAUUGAGGACUUCUAUCGAAAAGAGAUUGAGGUGGACUCCUCGCCAUCUGUGCUUGAAAUUCUUGACACCGCGGGCACAGAGCAGUUCGCUUCCAUGAGAGACCUGUAUAAAAAUGGCCAAGGCUUCAUUCUGGUGUAUAGCCUGGUCAACCAGCAGUCUUUCCAGGAUAUCAGACCAAUGCGGGACCAAAUAGUUCGAGUUAAGCGCUUUGAAAAGGUGCCACUGAUCCUGGUUGGAAACAAAGUUGAUCUAGAGUCUGAACGAGAAGUAUCUGGAUCUGAUGGAAGAGCUCUGGCUCAAGAGUGGGGCUGUCCUUUUAUUGAAACUUCUGCAAAGAGUAAAACAAUGGUGGAUGAGUUGUUUGCUGAGAUAGUCAGACAAAUGAAUUAUUCUUCUUUGCCGGAAAAGCAGGAACAGUGCUGCACAGCCUGUGUGGUGCAAUAA